AGUCUCCCCACAUCUGUCGCUGAGGAAUCUUAAGGUCAAGUUUAUUAAUAUAGCACAUGAAGAAACAAUAAAAAGUAGGAUGAAAGAAAGAGAUGGAGAGUUUUUAAAUGUGUUUAGAAGGCGCUGGACUGAGGCGAUGAGAAGAACUGUGAUAAAGAAGUUGGAACUAUGAGUAAGAACUUCAAACUGGACUGCAGCGUUGCUUUACUCUGUGUGCAGCCUGCUAGAGAUCAUUAGAAAAAGAAGGAGAACCAAACAUUAAGGAGCUGUGGUAAAGAACUUCGAGCUGUGAGUGAGAACUCUGGCCUGUGGAGGGCAGCAUUGUAUUUCUGUGUGCGCAGCCUGCUGGAAAUCAUUAGCAGGAGCCUGUCAGGUCCCUUUCCACGCAGAACGAGAAGAAAAAAAGAAGCAAAGGAAACCAUCAAAGACCACCACUACCAACCAACCAACCAACAAGUGUGCAGAUAGAUACAAGGAUAGAGAGAAGAUAACAUUAUGGUUGCCAAUUGCUAUAAAAUACAGAAGAGUACAGACGACGAGACGUUCCAGGGGCCUGGACACUUCGCUAAGAGAAAGAGAGGAAGACCUAAGGGGAGUCGGAAGGUGCAGAAAGGAGUUCAGAGGGAGGGGGAAGCAAAUACAUGCUCGAUCUGUCGGGAUCGACUAAGUGAUCCAGUGGCUAUUCCUUGUGGACACAACUACUGUAUGAACUGUAUCAAAACCCAGUGGGACCUACAGGAUGAGGGGAUGAUCUACAGCUGUCCUCAGUGUGGACAGACCUUCACACCAAAGCCUGACCUUGUGAAAAACCUUGUGAAAACGGUUUUGGAGAAGAAGCUGAAGAAGACCAGACUCCAAGGUCCUCCUGAUGAUCACUGCUAUGCUGGAUCUAAAGAUGAGGCCCAUGAUGUUGGAAAGAGGAGGAGACCAAAAGCUGCAAAGUGCUGUUCGUUCUGUUUGCCCUCUCACUGUGGAAAACCUCUUCGCUCUCGCCAUGAAUCGCCACCAUUUGAAAAGCACAAGCUCGUCGAUCCCCCCAAGAUGAUGACAAUGUUCUGCCACACGGAUCAGCACCGUUAUCUCUGCUGUGAGGAUCAACACGGAGGCCACGACACAGUCUCGGCUGCAGCAGAAAGGACGCAGAGGCAGCGAGAGCUCGAGUGGAGUCGGCAAGAAAUCCACCAGGACAGACAGAAAGACGUGAAGGUGCUUGAACAGCAGGUUGGGACUGUGAAGGUGGAGGACGGUGGGAGGUUCGGAUCUCAUCAUCAGGAGAUGGCAAAAGAUGUGGAACGGAAGCAGCUCACAGGACCUCAGGAUUCCAACCACUUUCCAUUCAACUACGUGUCACCACCAGCUUUCAGUCAAUCGACACACUCAUCCAGCAUCAACACCCGGCCUCUGAGGUUCACAGACGACCUGGAAGACAUGUCAGAAAUCAGUGAUCAACUACAGGACUUUCUAACAUGGACAAACAUCUCAAAGAUUCCAGUGGAAGUCUCUCCGCCGCAACCAGAGCCCAAGACCAGAGCCGAGUUCUUACGAUACACAAAGGAAAUCACUGUUGAUCCAAACACAGUACACCGACGUCUGUUGUUAUCCGAGGGAAAUGAAAAAGUCACAAUAACGGGGGAGGAACAGUCUUAUCCCAGUCACCCAGACAGAUUCAUUGACGAGUGGCAGGUGCUGAGCAAAGAGAGUCUGACUGGACGUUGUUACUGGGAGGUGGAGUGGAGAGGAGGAGGCGGCGUUGGUGUAGCAGUCACAUACAAGAACAUCAGCAGAGCGGGACGCUCAGGAGAAUGCGGAUUUGGAUACAAUGACCAAUCUUGGGUAUUGGAUUGUUACCCAAAGUGUUGUAAUUUUCUUCACAACAGAGUCAGCACUGAAGGCUCAGGUGGUGUGUCCUCCAGAGUGGGCAUGUACCUGGAUCACAGUGCAGGGACUCUGUCCUUCUACAGCGUCUCCGUCUCCAUGACUCUCCUCCACAGAGUCCGGACCAUGUUCACUCAGCCUCUCUAUGCCGGAGUCGGUCUUUUUUAUUUUGGAUCCACAGCUGAGGUCUGCAAACUAAAAUAGAUUGACCAGUUGGUUAAAGAGCA